AUGGCGUUACCACCGUGGAGGAAAGGGGGUUCUGCCUCCCUCACAUCUGUCGAGUCCGCCGUCCCUCCCCGAGACCAGCCACCGGCACAGGGUGGUUGGGAGCAUCCGUCGUACGCCACAGCCCCCCCCUGGCAGCACAGGAAGGGGAGUUAUGAGUCGGAGAGGAACGAGCCGCUGCAGACUGAGUCCAACCUGCGUUAUGCCAGACCGGCUGGAGGACGCGUCGUUGAGGCGGACAGCCGGCGCGAGCCGCGUCAGCGGCACGGCGACUGUACGGGGGCGGCCUCUUGCGGCAGAAGGCCGGGAAGGCCAAUUGGAGAGCGACGGUGUGAGAGGGGGGAUAGAGAAGAGGACGCGUGGCGGAGGCACAGGCAAGGCGAAGGUGAUCAGGUUGCAGCGUCGUGGGGAGAAUCUGGACGGGGAAACGAGGGCCCUCGGCACAUUAAAGGAAACUCGUAUGGAGAAGGGGGUCAUCGAGGUCGCCCGGAGGACAACAAAGGCCGAGGCGAUGAAUGGAGUGAUACUACGCGCCUUCGCGGCGGUAACGGAGAAGGUCGAGGCGGGACGAGGCGGGAGGGACUCGGCAGGGAAGUGAUCGACUAUGAUGUGUGUCAUCGCAGGCGCAGUCGCACACCAGAGAGACGUGAGCAAGGCGUGCGGCGUGCCACGCGCGUCUCUUCUCCGUCGCCGCUCCCCGGCCCGGCGUCACGUCGCUCGAGAGAAAGCGUUCUGCGUAGUCCCUCGCCGAAGUCGAGACAGCCGUGGAGCAGCUCAGCCCCUCGCGCUGCGGAUCUUGCGUACGCCGGCAGCAACGCAGGAGCGGCGGACGUGCCUUUGGAGGACUGCGUCUCGGCGCGGGUAUCUCGCACUGCUUCUCGGCUCGCGCCUCCCGUCUCUCUCCCAGCCUUUGCAGGAGGCCUUCCGGUCACUAGUGUGUGGGCAGCGGCACCUGAGGAGGACGGCGGAGCUAGCGUCCGCACCUCGGCCGCCACGCUCGCCACAGCGGAGGGACCCUCGCUUGUUCUGCCAGCGCCGGUCUUUUUCGACAACACUGUCAACGCAGCCGCGGCGAGGUCUGGGGGCCCUCUUCUUGUGGCUCCGAACCAGUUGGCCGCUGUGGGAGUUGUUCCGGGGACCGCGGCCCCGAUCGCUUUCGCCUCGGCUGCUCCCCCCGGCUGCUUUUGGGCGUUCUCGCCAGCCGGAGUUGCGCUUCCUCUGAGCACACUCAACACCUCUGCUGGAGCCCCUCGCGGAGACGACGAGGGGGAGCAGGGGCGUGGCCGCAGCGAAGCGCUACCCGGGCAAGACUGUCGCGAGACGCGAGGCGCCGCGCGGGUUGGCUCGCCCCGAGACGACUACGGUGCCGGAGACAGGCGAGAGAGGCGUGUGAGAAGAAAGGAAGGAAGUCUGCCUCUAGACAGGGAGCGAGGGGGGGACGCCAGGGCUCUCCGCGGACGGAGCGAGGGGGAAAGAGUCGGCGGUAGCCGAGCCGGUGUCCGGGGAGGAGGGCCCAGCAGGGGAGGCAUGGGGAGUUGGUUGAAACGAUGGGAGGAUCGCGCGUCCGGCGCGAGUUCGUCGGCUUUCAGGCAUUCCGUCCGCGGGCGACGCGACGACAGGAGACUGUCUCCGGAUCGCUACAGCUCAGAGGGUAGUCCAGGCUUUCGAGAACCACGCGAGGGCGGGCCGUACUUCCUCGAGAGGGGAGGCCGGCAGGCUGGACCACGAGGCGGCGUCGAGCGCCCUCGAAGAUGCGUGGACGACACGCGGGGGGGUAGUGCUGGAGGAGCAGUGGCUGGGAACGAACAGGAACGGUACCGGAGUUAUCGCAGAGACUCUGCGGGGCAGGAAGGAGAACGAGAGUCUCGAGGAUGGCCAGGUGAGCGGGUGCGCGGAAGCAGGUGUGAGCGGAGAGCAGGACGCAGUGAUGACGAAGGCGAGCGAGGCCGCGGCACAGGCGACCGACACGUUCCCUGGUAUGCCAGGGCCUCAAGAUACAGUUCGUCGCUGCGCCCUGUCGCGAGGCCUCACCUCGCUUCAUCACCGGUGCCGCACUGUAGCUCUCAUGUUCCUGUUCUGAGAAAGGCCGCAAAGGAGAGCCUCCGCGCGACCUUCCGACGUUUCGUGUUGCGCAUCGGCGAAGCAUCCGGUCACGCUGCAGCUGCAGCCUUGCCAGCUGCGUGCCCGCCUGGCUCGUCCCCACCCGUGAACCGGCUGGCGCCGCAGGCUUCGCACGAUGACAAGUCCGGCGGGAACCACCACGGUUCAUGCGUAUCUUUCGCCUCCGUCGGCCCCCCGCCGAGCGGGGACGAGGCCACUCCAAGCCCGAAGAGCCAGAGGAGAGUUCCCGGAGACAAAGAGGUAGCGGAGCCAGAGAGCGCAAAACCCGGGAGAGGCGAUGCUGAGAAAAACAUCGGACAGCGAGAGAGACACGCAGUGCCCAGUCGAGGUGAAGGGGACUCAGCUGACCCGGUGGCGCCAAAGGAACGCGACCCACCCACGCGGCGCUCUACCGCAGAAGAACACGGUUCUCCUGUCGAGCGAAGAGAAGGCCACUGCACAGAGGGAGCAGAGGGAGUCGGCCUGUCGCCCGCUCUGGAGGGUCAGGUUUCCCAGCCGCAGAGUGCCUCUGCGACUUGCCGGCAUGCGGAGGAAGAAGACCUUGAAACAUGCGAAGCAAAAGAAGCAUCCAAAACGGGGGAAACGGACCCACAAGGAGCUACACAUACGUUGACGGAGAGGGCACAACAGACGACAGCGGAAGUCUGCGGAAAACAGAGGGAGCCACAGAGCUCCUUCCCAGCCCACCAUGAACGAGCUGAACCAGAGCCGCCUCGUGUUGCAAUUCUGCUGACCUCCCUCCCUAAUCUGAGACUGGCUCCUCUGCACCGCAUGAUCACGACACACUACAAAAUGCAUGAAGCAGCGUCCUCCCUGCUUCUCUUAGCGACAAGCCCCUCGACGGGCCGGUGUCGCGGCUACGGAGUCCUCCUCCUUCAGUCCUUUGCGGCUGCAGAGCGAAUCUUCCGCGCCCCCCUCUUCACGUGGCGCGCUGCAGGCGGCGACGGCCGCCCGGGGGGCUGCCGCAUUCCCUCGCGCGCGUCUGCGGCGUCUGCGUCGUCGCUUUCGCUGUGCGCCGCGUGCGCUCCCUCGGCACGCCGUCUGCGCUCGGCCCAGCUUGGCGCCGCGCCGCCGCCAGCUCUGGAGAGAGGCCGCCCUCGACUGAGGGCGGCGAGUGCAGACGGUGUACGGAAACGAAGGUGCGCGCGCCUGCUGCCGAGCCGCGCUGCUGACCUGAGAACGGAGGUCCAGCGGCCGCGCCGCAGCCCCUUCAGAGGCGGAUCCCCAAGAGAGGGCGGCGGGCGCGGGAAGGGAGGGAGCGCCGACACAGAUGGACGGGCAAGACCCGGGGCUCACGCGCGGAGGGGCGGGCGAGAGGCAGGCCGGCUGGGGGGGGAGAGAGGAGGCGGGCCGGGGAAGGGCGAGGAGCCCGACAGGGAAAAACAACCGCUCUGCGACCGGGCUGUCAAGCUGCAUCUCCUCGUGUCGCCUACGCUGCAGCUCCAGUUCAAUGCGCGAAUUGCGGAGCUCCUCACGCCGGCAACGUGGUCGCGUUGUUUCUCUUCCUCGCUUUGGACACAGCUGUUUGAGAGCAUUUUUGUCCGUCCUGCAUCCUUGUCUGUCUGUCCGAGUGCCGCCUCUCCAUCCUCGUCCGCUGGCUCUCCUUCGCUUUCCUGCUCCCAAGGAGAGGGUGACGCCUCGGGGGCGGCUUUGAAAACUACGCGUUCUGCAGCCGAGGUAGCAGAAUUCGAGCGAGGAGAAGAGUCUCUCGGACAACCAGAUGCGUCUCUGCUGCGAAAGGGCGUGACUUACUUCCGGAGACCCGCAUCUCUCAGCUUGGAGUGUCAGGAGCUCGAGCGGCUCGGCGCGACGGCCGCGGCGGUCUCUGCGCUUCUUCAGACAAACGUAUACGCCACGUCAAAGCGCGUCUACGUCAACCUCCCUCAUGCGUCCGUUCAUGCGCUCCUGCUGAGGGCAGCGGGGCUCCCUGCAGACAUGCCCUUCUUCGCUGCGGGCGAGGCCGCGACGCAGCGGACCUCGGACUCUGGGAAAGCCGACGAGCGUGAAAGUGGAGUCGCUAAGUCGGAGCUGGAGCCUGUCCGCCAGUCGCAAAAAGAAGGCGAAGGGCACCCCAGGCGCGGAGGGGACUCCCCCGGGCCGACGCGUCAGACUGCGAAGAGCUCCGAGAGCGCCAGCCCCCCAGGGAUUCGUGGGGCGCAGGGGGAGGGUGGCGGGGCGCCAACGGGCCCGGAGGGUCACGACGCUGGCGCUGCAGCGCCUGGAAAGACUGUUUCGGCGGGAGACACCCGUGCAGAGAGCCGCGAGGCAGACUGCGAAACGCCGCAGAGGUCGCGUAGACCCAGUGAGAGCGGCCCAGGCCACGAAGCAGGCAGAUGCAGGAAACGACCCCGAAGCGAGACGGGGGGGAUUGACUGGUGCGUGCUCGAGAUGCUCCAACACGGUUGCCGGCCUAUCACCUUCAGCAUGGGCGAUGAGGGGGCCAGGUACUCCAUUGAGCCGCUCCCCAAGGCUACGGACGAUUGGUAUCCGUGGCACGUGAAGUACUACGAGGCCGCGGGGCCAGCCGCGCGGCUGUCGCAGGCUGUCGGAGAUGCACUCGAUGCGCUGCUGCGCACGCUUGUGGAACAAGACCGGUAUCCCAUCGAGUACCUUGCCUUCGAGGGUGUCCACUUCGGAAAUGCGUGGCUCACGCCGCCACCAGCUGCGGCUGGCGCGUGGCCGAUUGCGGACCUCUCGGGGCUCGAGCUCGGCAGGGCGGCGCGGGCGUGCCAGCGCUCGAAGGCUGCCCCCCUUCGCUGGGGCGAGGCGCUGGAGAAGACUCUCCUGCCUCACGUGCUGCUCGUUCGUGGGCUGCCAAACGCCGUGGCUGAGAGAGUUCUGCAGAGCCUCGAAGAGAUGACUGUCGAGCUCUGGGGAUCGUGGCUUGUUAACCGGGAGACGACGACUGGCGCGCCCAAGGGGCGUGCAUCUGCCUCAUCUGCUCCGCGGAGUUCGCCUCUCGUCUCACUCGACGCGCGGAAGGCAACUGAGGUUGUUGAGCAGGAGCUCUGGGGUUGGCAACUCUUCGAUUUCCCAGAGACGCGAAUGCUGCGAGGUGAUGGUUUUCUGCUUCUGCCAUCUUGUCUGGAUGCAAAGACGGCUCUGAGUCUCCUCUCCGCUUGGGUGUUACCGCGGUGUGAAGACCGCGACAGCUCAGCGGCUACGCCCUUCUCUGUCAGAGCCGGCAAGCCUGCCGAUUUGUCUCCCGAACCCGUGUCUCCGCUUCUGCUUCCUCUGCUCUCCAGGGCAGCGCCACCGUCUGCGCCGCACGUCUUCGCGGUGAUGCCUUUCGAAGUCUCCUCUCACUUGAAAUCCCGUGACCUGCCCUUCCUCGUGGCACUGAUCAACAGUGUGUUGCGGCACCUGCUGCACCGCUGUGUGGCCUCCUCCGCCUGCUGCUGUUCGCUCCUCUGCGCCGAAGGCGAGGAGGCGGGCGAGCGCAUGUGCUGUUCGUGUGCGUCGUGUCUGCCGAAAAACCGGGCCCGCGUGAAAAUGCCUGGAGGCGCACACGUGCCAGAUGAAGAGACAGCGGCGCCCCGGUCGCCCGCGCCCACAAAAAACGACAGUGAUGUCAAGGCGGAGAAAAGGCGGAUAGAGGCGCAUCCUGCUUCGCCAGGUUUCGGCGGCCGCUGUGAGGCCUCGGGAACCGGCGUUCCGACGCAGCCCUGUGCCUGCUGCUGUUGUGUAGAGGAGGUCGGACACACGUCUCUCCAGAGUGCAGAAGAAAGCCUUUCGGCAAAGUUGAUAAGGCAGCGACGACGCCGCAGGACUGCCUUAGGCACCGCGCAAGUGGCUAGAGGCUGGAUGGUAGGCAUGCCUCCUCUGCAGGUGCGUCCUGCGCUACCGUUUCGCAUGCCCUACGCGCCUCUCAUUACAACUAGGACGCAUUUGGACAAGAAGCGGGACACCGAAGAUGGGCGACGCGACCCUGAGGAGGACGACUUCCUGCCCGCGCCUGUCUGUGGAGCAGAGCACAUGAUUGAGAGUUUGUUCUUCUCUCUCGAGGCUUUCUUUCAGCUGCCGCUGCUUCAGCCGUUCUUCAGCGUGCGCACCGCCGACGAGUGCAGGGAACUGGCCGCUGCAAUGGGAGCGGGGGAGGCGGCCGAGGCGAGAGGGAUGAGAGAGACAGAGGAGGCGCGGGCGGAGGACGGCGCGUCGAUGACCGGCGACGACGAAGAAGAGGGGGAGAUGGAAGAGGAGGAAGAAAGCAACGACGACGUCUGGCAUCUGCAGAAGCGGGAAAAUCGGUGGCGGCGCAUAGGCUCGGACGCUCUCCAAACACUUGCAAGCCAACACGAGGAACGAAGUGCGGCUAGCGUGUCAAAAAGAGUGUGUGCUUUCCACAGCGGGCCCGGAGCGCUGCCUGAUGACAGCGGACAUCAUUCCGAGUCUUCCGGGCUGUCAGAAGAGACCGGCAAUUCGGAAGCUCUGAGAGGGCCUCGCGAGGCUGCUGCGGAGACACGAGGGGAGUGCAGCGCCGUCAUCGGCGCGAGUCGUGCAGAAGGAAAUGAGGAGGAGGCGCCGAAACAAGAGACCCCUGGAACACAUGAAGCGAAUGGCUCCGAGAACGAGAGAGGGAUAUCGACUCUUCUGAAAGAAGCAGGUGCGCAGGAAGCGACAGUCAAGUCAGAGCCUUCGGCGGGGCAACAGAAUCCGGGCGAAGGAACCCAAACGACGUCUUCGACAGAUAGUCACCAGCGUGGCGCUGUGGAAGCGGACUGCGGAAGCUCCGUCGCCGCGUCUGCCUCACUUGAGGGCGGAAGGGAGACGGGAGGCUGUGAUCCAGGGGGAGGCGAAGUCGCUUCACGCAAGGGGAAAAAGCUUCUGGUUCGCCUUGACGCUCGUCCCACCUUAGAGGACGCACACUCGAUUCGCAUAACGUCUGAAGCGCUCACGUCGUUGGAGGCUGCGGGCAAAUUCAGGUUUCUCCCUCUCUCUGUCCUGUUUUUCACUCCGAACUUCCGUUCCAACUUUGAGCAAGGAUUCUUUCCUUCGCACGCUCAGCCCGAUGCUGCUGAUUCUCCGCGGUUUGGCCGCUCCCAGCAGCGGUAUUCGCCAAAAAGGGAUGAGGUAAGGCGGGCGCGUCGCUCUGGUUCACCACGACGAGUUGCCUGGAGCUCGUUACGGAGGCCUGAGAGGCAGUGCGGCACGCCGGUGCCGGCGGACAGCAGAGACAAAAAUGCCUCGGAGAUACCGGCGGCGAUGGAUUUCAAGGCAGAAGCUCUCAGGGACGCAAAAACGCAGCCUCACUCAGUCAAGAAGGUGGCUGACGACGGUGUGGCCGCUGUGCCCGUUGUUCCGCAUCAGGGGAUCGAAGGCAAGACAGGCAACAAGGUGCAGAAGAGGGUGACUGAGGUGAAGAUUGAAGCCGAGUUAGGAGAUCCCAGACAAUCUUUGCGGAGCGUCGCUCCAGCCGAGGAGGCUCAGAAUUCCGCCACUCGUCCCCACUGUGCACCAGAAUGCGAGGUUUCGGAGAGGGGUGAUGUGCCGCAAGCACCAACGCCCGAUUCGGCAGAAGCAGAGGAACCGGGUUCGACGACCGAGACUGCGGGGCGCUCAGUGCUGCCAGAAAACGUGGAGCCUGGAAACGAAAUGCAACUUCCUUCAAAAGCGCACACCGAGUCGGCGUCGCUUCAGAUGCCCGGAAGCCAACGGGCGACGCCCGCAGCAUGCUCUGCGGAAGGGGAACAGCACACCUGA